AUGGCAGUUCCUGGCCAUAAGCCAAGCAUCGAUGCUGCUCUUCAAGUGACUGUGAGUGACAUCGCUGCAAAGGUUCUUGGAGUGUUCCAUUUGAAGGAUGACUGCCAAGUGGCAGCCGUGCGAUGUCAGCUUGAGGAAACUUCGGUCAUUCCAAACUUUGACGUGCAUUUACUCUGCGGCGGCCGGGUACUCGAGGACACCGACCUUCUUGCUGCUUUUCAAAGAGAUCAUCACGUCGAGAUUACGCUUCUCCGAUCACCGCAACCAUGUGCGGUGACUGGGGGUUCAGACGGGGACUUCCUGGUCUGGAACUUGCGCACCGGCAGCUGCUGCCGUUUUCUUCCUUUCGGCGAGACGAUUACUUGCCUGUCCAUAGAUUGGAACGCUCGGAUCAUGUUAAGCGGUCACGCCGACACGAUCCUCAGGCUGUGGGACCUCGACCGUGGAGUGUGUCUUCGAGAGCUCGCUGACGGCUCCAUCCAAUCAAUGCUUAGAUGUGUCGAGUUCAACUGGAACGCGAAGGUUGCUGUGAGUGGCUGUGCUGCUUUUGCCUCAUGCUGCGCGUUUCCAAAAACCAAUGGGGCGACACUCGCUCUCUGGGAUCUGGCGUCGGGCCGUUACAUCCAAGGUUUCGGCAGCUGUGGAGUGAGGUCUUUGUCAGUGGACUGGACAUCGCCUGGCUCGGAGCAUGCCCUGGUCAAUGACGAUGUUCAUCUGCGAAUGUUCUCCUUGGAUUCGGGCUGUCUUCUAUGGGAAAUUGCAUCAGCGUCUCCCAUUCAGGCAAUGGCGGUUGAUUGGCCAGCACAAGGUGCUGUUACAGCCGGUUCCAGCGUGAUCAAGGUUUGGAAGCUGCAUGGUCCGAGAUGCAUCCAGGAGUUCAGCUGUGACUGCACCCAUGUCCAAGAGCUUGCGAUGGACUGGACUAGUAGAAGAUGCAUUGCUUCAGGAAUUCGGAGCAGAGGCCAGCGAGAGCUCUUCUGUUGGACCUGGAAUUUCGAGGAUGGCCAAUGUCUACAUGAGACUUUUUUGGGUUGCGGGCAGCUUCGCUGCGUGGCCAUUGACCCAUACAGGCAGCAAUGCCUGUGCGCCAUGAGCGAUGAGGAUGACAACGAAUUGUUCGGUGACGUCCUGAAGCUAUAUGACAGUGUGGAGGGCCAACCUAUGCUAGUUUUAGAAGGUCACACAGACCACGUAAUGUGUGGUGUCUUGUCAUAA